AUGGCCGAGCUGGGGCCAGAGCCGGGCCGCGCGUGGCGGGUGCUGGCCCUGUGCGGGGCAGCGGUGUUCCUCGCGGCCGCGGCAGCCGGGGCAGCCCUGCUGGCCUGGAAUCUGGCCUCCUCGACCUCCCGGGGACCUCGCUGCCCAGAGCCAGGGGCCAACGCCACGGCGCCCCCCGCGGACCUGGCGCCUGAGCUCGAGGAACUGCGUAGACGGCUGGCAGAGGCGACCCAGCAAGAGGAGGCUCUGGCCAGACAGCUGGACCAGGCCAACCGAGUUGGUCGGGAGCUGGAGGAGGCACUAAGGGCCUGUCAGGGCCGCCAGAGCCGGCUUCAGACCCAAAUGAUGAUCCUGAAGACUGAGAUUGAAGAGGCCAAGGCACAGGGUACCCAGAUGGGGGCUGAGAACGGGGCGCUCACAGAUGCCCUGGCGCGCUGGGAGGCGGCGGCCACGGAGUCCGCGCGGAGGGUGGACGAGGCACAGCAGCGCGCACGCGCGGCCGAGGCGGUGGCCGAAGCUUGCGCAGCCCGGGAGGCGGUGCUGCGCGAACGCGCGUGA